AGACUCCUACCAAUUAACAUUUGGAAUCUCCCCCUUCUAAUUUUCUGCUUUCUUUGAGUUAUUCAAUUUCAAUUUUUCUUUCUCUACCACAUCGAAAGAGACAGAGAGGAAGGAGAAAUGGAAGAGCUAAAGAACUAUGGGCAUCAACAUCCACUGUUGAUGUUAAAUGAAGAGCAGUUGCUUGGCAAUGGCAAUGGAGUUGUUGAUUGCUCAAGGUGUGGGGAGAAGGUGUCAGCUCCAUGUUUUGGCUGUGUGGAGUGCUGUGGGUUUUACCUCCACAAGAAAUGUGCCGAGGCACCUUUGGAGCUUAAUCAUCCUUUUCAUCGCCACCAUCCUCUCCUGCUUCUGCAGAAUCCACCUUACACUCCUUACACAAGGUGCGUUUGCGAUUUCUGUAACGAAGCAUGUGAGAAAUUCAUUUACCAUUGCUCUUGUGGCUUGGACUUUCAUAUUAAAUGUGCUUUGUUUACAUUUAAUAUUGCUGAAAGAAAUUUGAAAGAGCUUGAGCAUGUGGCCCUUGAGGAUCCAUCGUUUUCCUCUAAAAACGAUGGUGGAAACCUGGGUAAGUGUUUUGUGUGCUGGGAACCAUUAGCAAUGUAUACAUACUUCUUUCUUGAUUGUGGGUUUAAAUUGCAUAAGAGGUGUGCUGAGCUUCCUCUCAAAAUGGAUCAUUCGUGUCAUCGCAAACAUCCUCUUGUUUUGCAAUUUAAUAGUGAACGGCGUGCUUGCAAAAUAUGCCAAGUAACUCAAGGAAGAGGAUAUUUGUAUGGUUGUUCACCUUGUGAGUUGGCUAUUCACAUUGAUUGUCUGUCGCCAUUACCAGUUAUCGAAAGCUUGCUUGCUGUACAAGAAACCAACUUACAAGGUCAGAUCAAUCAAUUGAAGACAGAACUUAAUGAGAAAGACAAAGAUUGUGUUACUGCAACAGUAAACAAUCUCGUGGCCGAGGUUCGUUCUCGUGAUUUACAGAUCAGACAAAUGGAGGACCAUUUACAACAAUUAAGCAAGGAACAUAUGCAGCUAACAAAGAAUCUAGAAGAUGAGUUGAAAUUGAAGAUAAAGGACCUUGAGAAGGAAGUGGAUAAGCAAAGGAACAUGAUCUUAGAUGUGUCAGAAGAGAAAAGAGAGGUAAUAAGACAGCUUACAUUCAGUCUGGACCAUUACAGGAGUGGUUAUAAAGAGCUUCAGACAUUCCUCAAGCACAAACGACAAGCGUUUAUCGCUUUAUGAGUUCGAUUAAAUAUGAGUAUCGGUAUAGUUACUUGUCUGGAUUGUCUUUUUCCCUUGAUGUAAUCUUUCGUUUAACUUGUUUUAUGAACUUAUUAGUACUUAAAUUUGAGUUUCUGUGGGAAGUUUUGGGUGAUA